AUGUUUGACGAGACGAAUCUCCUGUUUUCUCCUUUAAAGCCCUCUAACAGCGUUAACAUCAACAGCCAAGGCAAGUCCAAGCAACAGCAACAGAAGCAGCAUGAAGGGUUCAUAGAAGACUUCUCCUCAGCACGAGGCGUGGAAGCGCUUGUGGCCCUGUUGAAGAAGGAGAACAUCAGCUUGAAAGUAGCAGUGGCCACGUAUAAGAAGGCUGCCGCCGGCACUCCAGAACAACUUCAUCAUGAGUUGAUACGAUUACAAGAAUCCGAAGCUCAAAUGUCUAGUGAGAAUGCUCGUUUAAAGGCUACUGUUCGGGAAUUACAACUGCUUUCUAAUAAGGAAAACACUAGUGCUUCUGAUAUAUAUGAACAAGAAAUGAUGCGGUACCAACUGGAGAUUACUCGGUUAGAAUCACUAUUAGAAUCGGCUAAUGCCCAAGGAGCCCAGAAUGAACGGCUUGAAACGGAGAUAAACCGUCUUGAAUCUGAAGUUCUUCAAUCUAAAUUGGAGGCUGACCGUCUUAAAAGUCAAUUGGACACUCAAAGAGGGGAAUCAGAUCAAAAAGCACAUUAUGAGAUCAAUGAGCUACGAUCCAAGCUUAGCGAUAGUGAACGGGAAAUAAGUGCCCUCACUGCAGAACUAGAGUCAUCCAGACAUAAUAAUAGCAAGUUAAGUUCUAAGCUAGAUACAACCGAAUCCCAAUUACAGGAGAAGAUACGGCAGCUUGAAUCGGAGUUAGAAUCAUCUAGGCGACACAACGGUUCUUUGAAUAAGACUCUAGAUUCAAAUACUAGUCAACUACAGGAGAAAAUACGGCAUCUUGAAACGCAGAAUAAUUCAUUAAAGUCAGAGCAAAGACAUCUCACUACGGCAUUGGAAGCAGCCAGAAAGGAAAAUGAUAAGCUUUCCUCAAGAGUUUCAUCAAUGAGAAAUGAUCUUGAUACCUUCAAACUGAAGUUGGAUCUAGAGACUAAAAUGAACAAGGAACAUGAAGCUCGGUUACAGGGAAAGAACAGCGAGAUUGAACGGUUGCGCAGUCAAUUAAACCAACAAACAUUACAGGAGAACAGUAGUCUCCCUCUUGUUAAUGAAAUAAAUUGCUUGCACGAUGAGAUUAACGAUUUGAAGAUUCGAUUAAAAGCUGGAGAACAUGAAAUUCAACAAUUAACUAAAAAUGCUCAAUCUUUUGAAAGAGAUUCAGAUAACCAAAAAGGCAAACUCUUGUUGUUACAACAAGAGAACAAGCGACUUUCUGAUGAAUGUAGCCGUUUACAUCGAGAGGUCAAUGAUAAAUCAAGUACUAAUAUUGAACAUCAACACGAAUUGCUCAAUCAGAUUGAGCUGUUGGAAUCCAGAAACAGGGAUUUACAAAGGAAUCUCGAACUUGCUCAACACAAUCAACGGUGGAACGAAAAGACAAAUGAGGUGGAAUCCAAAUUAUUGGACUCGGAAAGCAAACUUUUGAGUUUACAAUCUGAGAAGGCAAAUUUACAGGAUAUUAUCAACGAAUUAGAAUCACGGUGUGAAUUCUAUGAGACGGAGUAUGAUAAGCUUAAAGAAACAAUGGAUCACUCCAGACAGUCGCAAUUUACUAGGGACACUCACGUAUCAAUAGAGGAAGAUUUGAGGAGACAUCGUGAACUGGAGGCUCAAUUGAGAGCCAACCACGAGACCGAAAAAGCCCGUAUGCAAGAUCAAAUAAGGAAUAUUCGUCUUAAGUUAGAGGAAGCUGAAUUUACCGUAGAACAGCUUCAACGCGAGAAGAGACAGAAACAAGCUGAAAUUGAUGAUUUGGUAAGGGAUGUUAAUCGAUUUCAACAAUCUAAUGUUGAAGCCAGUCGUUUAACUGGGACUGGGAUCCCACUUAGUGUGCUGCUUGAGCAAGAAUUGGCGAAAACAAAGUUAGAUUCUUCUGAACGUGAUAAGCGACAACUUGAGCUUGAUUUGGAAGAUUUGCAGCGAAAGUUUAAGCAAACACUCAGUAGUGAAAAUUGGGAAAAGGAAGAUUUACGUCAACGAUUAAAGAAAAUGGCAUCUGAGAGAAUUGAGUUAGAAGGUCAACUUCAAAAAAUUGAACGUGAACGUGAAGGAGAUAAAUCCAAGAUUACUCUGCAAAAAAUAGAGUUGGAAGAAUUAAAGGAACAAGCAGAGACAGCUAAAGAGAAGUACGAAAGAUUAAAGAGGGAACAGAAAGAAUCUGGCGAGACAACGGCUUCUUUGAAGAGUAAAUUGAGACGAAUGGAGACUAAAACUCAAGAACUAGAGACUAAAAUCGUUACUGGAGAGUCCAAGAUAUCCCAAUUAACUUUAAAUCAGACCAAAGAUUUGCAAUACAUUGAAAAGUUGAAGCAGAAGGUAAUUGAAUUAAAGCAACGUGAACUGGAUUUGCGUGCACAUGUAACAGAGCUUGUGACCACAUCAUCAUUCCUUGACACUAAUAAUAAUAAGAAUAAUACUGAAGCUAUUUAUUAUAAGGCCCAGUACCGUGAUGCUCUCAUACAUUAUGCUGAUUGCUUAACAAUGUACAAUUUUAUCUCCCAAGAGUUUGAGACAUUUGACAGUUGGUUCAAGAAACGGACAAUUAAGUUUGGGUUGAACAAUAGUCUUCUGGUACAGGUUAAGAAGCCACUUACAUUUGCAACUGUAGCUAAGUUUGUGCUAGCUACUGUUAGAUGGCAACGUCGGGCCCAAGAGAGUCGUCAGCGUAAGUUAAAGUUAAUUGAGUUGAAGACACAGUUGGAAAUACAGGACUAA